AUUCGGGAGAUAACCUUUCGGUAUCAUGGCCGGAAACUCCAAGGAAGAUCCGGAGGGAAGCAGAAUCACUUAUGUCAAAGGAGAUCUUUUUGCAUGCCCCAAAACAGACUCUUUAGCCCACUGUAUCAGUGAGGAUUGUCGGAUGGGUGCUGGAAUAGCUGUUCUCUUCAAGAAGAAAUUUGGAGGGGUGCAGGAUCUAUUAAGUCAACAAAAGAAAUCUGGAGAAGUGGCUGUUCUGAAGAGAGAUGAGCGAUUCAUAUAUUACUUGAUUACAAAAAAAAGGGUUUCACACAAGCCAACUUACGAAACCUUGCAGAAGAGUUUAGAAGCCAUGAAGUCUCAUUGUCUGCAGAAUGGAGUCACAGACCUCUCCAUGCCCAGGAUUGGAUGUGGUCUUGAUGGUCUUCAAUGGGAAAAAGUAUCUGAAAUGAUUGAGGAAGUGUUUGAAGCAACAGACAUAAAAAUUACUGUGUACACACUCUGAACAGAUGAGCAUUUUGGAUGUGUCCACUUCUCCUGUGUUCUCUCUUCUGUGCCAUAGAAUCAGGACAAAUGGCUCUUACAAUGUCAGAGGAAAGACUCAUCAGAGGAAAAAUUCACAUGAAGUAGUCUGUCACAGGCCAGACUUCGAAUUAAAGUAUUUUCUCUAAGACUCUAAGACUCUGUAAGACUGGGACUCUGAAGGAGAAAUUGCUUAAGAUAUGCUACUAUUUUGAGUUGUUUUUGUAGGAAGGUUAGGGCCUAGGAUUCAUUUCACUCCAGCAUAUUACCUGAUUCUUUUGGCUUCCCAGUAGAUGGCAGCAUUGAUUUUAUUUUUCUCAGGAUCUUUUAGGAAGGGUGCACAUUUAGGUAAUUUGCGUAUUUUUUCAUUUGUGUACUUGGUAUUAUUCUAUGUCAUCAAAUUCAUCCUAAGAGAAUUAUGUGGCUCUUUUU